AUGUGCCUGCAGCACCGGGGUGAACCGUCACAGCAGCGGAUCCGUUUCGUUGCGGCCACGCGGCAGCGCAACAGUGCCAGGGAUCCUACCUUGUUGGACUUCCUUCCAUACCACUUCCUCCUGGUCAGUGCAGGAGAUCGAGGUGAUCUCACCUGGCGCGACAUCACCCAUGGCACCGAGGUGGCCGAGCAUCGGACGAAGAUGGGCCCGGCCACGUGCUUGCGGCAGAACCCCAAGAAUGCCGUGAUGCACUUGGGCCACGACAAGGGCAGCGUGACCUUGUGGACUCCGACCAUUAAGGAGCCAGUGGUGAAGAUGGCCUGUCACAACGCCAAGGUGACUGCGCUGGCAGUGACUGGCAACUACAUGGUCACUGCUGGCGCAGAAGCAAAGUGGAAGGUUUGGGAUCUGCGCACCUACAAGGAGCUUCACAGCUACUACAGGCAGCACGGCCAUGGUGUCAACAGCAUGGAUGUGUCCAUGACUGGGAUGCUGGCCAUGUGCUGUGGCGGCUUUUUCGAAGUCUUCAAGGAUGUGUUCUCCACCGCCAGGGAAACCAAGCCCUACAUCAAGGAGCAGUACAAGGGAAGGCAGAUCGAAUGUGUGCGCUAUCGCCCCUUUGAGGACGUGUGCUGUGUGGGGCGCUCGGAUGGCUUCGGGAGCCUCGUGGUGCCUGGCGCGGGGAAGGCGAACUUCGACUCUUUUGAGGCGAACCCCUUCGAGACCAAAUCUCAGCGUCGAGAACGCGAGGUGCAAUCUCUGCUUGAGAAGCUGCAGCCGGACUCCAUCAUGCUAAACCCCGACGACAUUGGUCAAAUCGACCGGGAGGUGGUCAAAGUUUGGAGGGAUAACUCCAAGAAGGAAGAAGAGGCGAAAGCGAAGGAGGAGGCUGCCAAGAAGAAGCCGGUGAAGAAGAUGCGGGGCAAGAACAAGGUGGGAAAUCGCAUGAAGCGCAAGGCCUUGAAGCAGGGCGCCGAAGGGAGGCAGAAAGCGCGGAACCGCCUGGCGGGGGAGAAGGCAGAGGAUGCACCCCGCGGCGCGACCGGGCGCGGCUUUCGCCGGAACGAGGGGGACGAGUCGGACUUCCACAGCCCGAUGAAUCUGGAAGAUGCGUGGGCCGACGAAGCACAAAGGCUUCUUCGUCAGCACCGUCAAAACUGCGACUUGGAGCCCUUGAACAUCUUCGCACCCAGGCCUAGACCUGUGAAGCGGCCUUUCGAAACCCUGGAGACGGCCUUUCAAGUGACCUGCCAGGUCAUGGUCGCAUUGCUCUCGCCGCGCGUCCAUCCAUGGAUGCGGAGAUUGUCUGCAUGCCUUCGCAUGCAGCGGACCUAUCCGGAGGUGCUUCCAGCUCCCUCUUUGUCCGUGCUAGUCUCGGGUUUCCACGCCAAGCUGGUGCUGGACGUGGCCAAUCGCUUGUCCCUGCCACCCUUUCGCUGGGCACAGUACCGGCCCGAGCCAGAAGAUUUGCUUUGUCCCUUGACCGUCCACGGCCUUGAGCUGAAUUUGUUGGGUGCCGUGGCGGGGGUCUUCAUCGGCCGAGCGGCCGUGGAAGCGCGACAGGUUUUACAGGGCCUCGCCUGUGUCGCUGCUUCAAUGUUACCAGUUUCAUUUCAAUCGAUGUUCCUGGAUCGAACCGUUCCCUUCGCAGCUCCCUGUGCCGCACUUUUCUUCCAUAUGUCUUCCUGUGCAGUCCUCUCCCCCUUCGUGGUCUCCAGCAUGGCGACUCUUCUCCAAGAGGCUCAACUUCACCGCUGCUUGAUCCUGUCAACGUUGGGGCACUCGCUGCGCAGGGGCCUUCGCAGAUCCCUCAAGAGGCGCCAGCAUGGCUGA